AUGAGGGUUAUCGAGGUUAUCAUAGACGGCUUCAAGUCGUAUGCGGUGCGAACCGUCAUCUCAGGAUGGGACGAAAGCUUCAACUCCAUUACAGGCCUAAACGGCAGUGGCAAGUCCAAUAUUUUGGACGCCAUCUGCUUUGUUCUCGGUAUCACAAACAUGUCGACAGUUCGAGCUCAGAAUCUACAGGACUUGAUUUACAAGCGUGGCCAGGCUGGUGUCACAAAGGCGAGCGUCACCAUCGUCUUCGACAAUCGCGAUAAGAAGAAGUCCCCCAUCGGAUUCGAAGAAUAUGCCACCAUUAGCGUAACCCGGCAAAUCGUACUCGGAGGCACCUCCAAGUACCUGAUCAACGGACACAGGGCGCAGCAACAGACUGUGCAGAACCUCUUCCAAUCGGUUCAACUUAAUAUCAACAACCCCAACUUUCUUAUCAUGCAGGGCCGCAUCACCAAGGUCCUGAACAUGAAGGCCGUCGAAAUUCUCGCCAUGAUUGAGGAGGCUGCUGGCACGAGGAUGUUUGAGGAUAGGAGAGAUAAGGCGUUGAAGACGAUGGCAAAGAAGGAGAUGAAGCUUCAGGAAAUCACCGAACUUCUUCGUGACGAGAUCGAGCCGAAACUCGAAAAGCUACGGACAGAGAAGAGGGCUUUCCUCGACUUCCAGCAAACCCAAAACGACUUGGAGAGGCUAGAUAGGCUCGUCGUAGCAUACGACUAUGUCUCAAACGUGGAUAAACUGACAAGGUCUGCUGCUGACCUGGAGAAGAAGGUCCAGAGGCAAAAGACGCUCGAAGAAUCAGCCGCCCGUCUCAAGAGCGAGAUUUCUCAUCUCGAGGAAGAUGUCAAGCGAGUUCGAGCCCAGAGGGACAAGGAGCUCAAGAAGGGUGGCAAGGCGCAGGCUCUCGAAGAUGCAGUCAAGAAGCACUCCAAUGAGAUUGUGAGGCUGGCGACUGUCAUGGAGCUCAAGAAGUCCAGUCUAACUGAAGAGGAGGAAAAGAAGACUGCCGUCGAAAGGACAGUUGCCGAGUUAGAGACAUCCCUCAAGGACAAGGUCAAGGCCUUUGAGAAGAUCAAGGCGAAGUAUGAUGCUGCCAAGGAAGACCUUGAGAAGCAAUCGAAGGAGGCGGAGUCGAAAGAAGAGCUGCUCCAGACCCUCCAGACUGGCGUAGCUUCUAAGGAUGGCCAGGAGAAUGGCUACCAAGGCCAACUGCAAGAUGCCAGGAAUCGCGCGACUGCUGCCAUUACCGAGCAAGAGCAGGCGAAAAUCAAGAUUUCUCACCUUGAGAAGCGCGUCAAAGAGGAGGAGCCGCGCGCCAAGAAAGCUAAGGAAGCAAACGCCGGUCUACUGAAGGAGCUGGAAGGUCUCAAAGUCGAAGCCCAGAAGCUUGAAAAGGAACUUGGAAAGCUUGGUUUCGAGCCGGGCCAAGAGGAGGAAAUGUAUAAACAAGAGUCGGCGCUCCAGGAAAAGAUUCGGGAACUGCGACACGAGUCCGAUACCCUCAGGCGUAAGGUAGCCAACAUUGACUUCACCUAUGCCGAUCCUGCACCAAACUUCGAUCGGUCCAAGGUCAAGGGCUUGGUUGCCCAGCUCUUCACCCUCGACAAAGAGCAUACCCACGCUGGCACCGCUCUUGAGAUUUGUGCCGGUGGUCGUCUUUACAAUGUUGUCGUAGACACCGAGGUUACCGGUACGCAGCUUCUCAAGAACGGCAAGCUCCGAAAGCGGGUGACAAUCAUUCCUCUGAACAAGAUUGCCGCCUUCAAGGCCUCUGCUCAGGCUAUAGCGACCGCUCAGAAGAUCGCUCCCGGCAAGGUCAACCUUGCCCUCUCUUUAGUGGGUUACGACGAAGAGGUGUCAGCGGCAAUGGAGUAUGUCUUUGGCAACACUCUGAUCUGCGCUGAUUCGGAGACGGCGAAACAGGUCACUUUCGACCCGAGUGUGCGCAUGCGAAGUAUUACCCUUGAGGGUGAUGCGUAUGAUCCUUCUGGAACCCUAUCAGGUGGCAGUGCACCAAACUCGAGCGGUGUGCUUGUCACGCUGCAAAAGCUGAACCUCCUCACGAGGCAGCUGAACGAGGCCGAAGCCACUCUUAAACAGCUCCAGGUCAAGAUCAGCAAAGAGAAAUCCAAACUAGACAAGGCAAAGCACAUCAAACAGGCUCUUGAUCUCAAGGCCCACGAAAUCAAGCUUGCCGAUGAACAAAUUGGUAGCAACUCGGCCUCGUCCAUUAUCCAGGAAGUGGAGGCCAUGAAAGAAUCAAUUUCCCAGCUCAAGAAAAAUAUUGCCGACGCACAGAAGCGACAUGCUGAAGCCACGGCAGAUGUCAAGCGGAUUGAGAAGGACAUGAAGGACUUCGACAACAACAAAGACGCCAAGCUGAUUGAGCUCCAGAAGGCCCUGGACAAGUUGACAGCUACUAUCGCUAAGAACUCUGGCUCGGUCAAGGCCCUUCAAAAGGAGGUUCAAUCCGCCCAGCUCGACUCUGAGCAGGUCGGUGCAGAUCUCUCAGGCACCCGCGAGCAGCUGCACGAGGUUGAGCUUGCCAUUCGCGCGCAGCAAGACGAGAUCAAGGCAUUGGUCAAGGAACAGGCUGCGGUCAAAGAGACGCACGACGUAGCCCAGGCAGAGCUGGAAGACGAGCGAUCUAAGCUUAACAUCUUCGAUGAUGAACUCCGCGCUCUUGAGGAGGCUACUCGGUCAAAGAACAAGAGAAUCACCGAGGAAGGUCUCGAGCUGCAAAAACUUGGUCACCAAAUCGAGAAGUUUGACAAGGAGCAGCAGCACGCCGCCGAAGAGGUUAAGAAGCUCGAGGCCAGGCACGACUGGAUCGUCGACGAGCGAGACAAGUUCGGCCGGCAGGGAACGCCAUAUGACUUCAACAGCCAGAACAUCCGAGAAUGUCGCUCCACACAUCGAAACUUGACGGAGCGCUUCCAAGGCAUGAAGAAGAAGAUCAACCCCAAGGUGAUGACUAUGAUCGACAGCGUCGAAAAGAAGGAGGUCUCGCUUAAGCACAUGAUGAAGACCGUCAUCCGUGAUAAACGGAAGAUUGAAGAGACUAUUGUCUCGCUUGACGACUACAAGAAGAAGGCGCUACAGGAGACAUGGGAGAAGGUCAACGGGGACUUUGGUCAAAUCUUUGCGGAGCUACUCCCAGGCAGCUUUGCCAAGCUAGACCCUCCCGAAGGCAAGACUAUCAGCGACGGCUUAGAAGUCAAGGUCUGCCUUGGUAAAGUCUGGAAACAGAGCCUCACUGAACUGUCCGGUGGCCAAAGAUCUCUCAUCGCCUUAUCCCUUAUCAUGGCACUACUCCAGUUCAAGCCGGCACCCAUGUACAUUCUUGACGAGGUAGACGCCGCACUUGACUUAUCACAUACGCAGAAUAUCGGCCGUCUCAUCAAGACAAGGUUCAAGGGCUCGCAGUUUAUCGUCGUCAGUUUGAAGGACGGAAUGUUCCAGAACGCCAACCGCAUCUUCCGAACAAGGUUCAGCGAAGGCACGAGUAUGGUGCAGGCGCUAACACCGGCAGACCUCAAGUAG